AUGGUGAGGACAAGAAAAAACAUCGAAAAUAUGGAAAUUUAUGACUACAUGAAGGAGCUUAAUGAAAAAAUAUGGACGUACCUGUUCGAAGACUCCCUAGCACAUGAGGCAAUAUUACAGUCCCUAAACGAGUUAGAACAAAUCAUCAUCUCCAGACUGCUGUUCAUACAGCAGGUGGUGUCAGAAAGAGCUAUGCGCUUGUGGAUAAAUCCAAACUCUCUAAAAAAAUUAAGUGAAUGUAUAAAAAAUUUGGUGGAAGCAAAAAUACUUGUAGAAAGCGAAACGAAAAAGGAUAAUUACAAUCAAUACAGAAUAAAUGAAAAAUUCAGAUAUACAAUGCUGAACAAAAUUUAUAAAAAUAGAGAAGACAAAAUUUUUAUAUUUAAUAAUAACGCUAAGGAACAAAUGGAAAAAGAAAAAAAUCUGCUUGAAAAAAAUUUAUAUCCGACGAAAGAAGAAAUUGUGAAUUAUACACACAUGAGGUGGAACAAUUUGCUCCACUUUAUUGCAUCCCCCAAGUUAGGUCAUAUGAACAGUUAUAUGAUUUACAAUGAUAUAUCCGUGGAGCAAGGACAAGGGGUAUACCCUCCACAUGGUAGCUUUCCAUCCAAUCGGAAUGACGACCAGGGUGACCCGACCAGGAAUAAAAAUGUAGACAAAACCGCCUCUUCCGGUUACACCCCUUCGAAGAAAGGAAGGAAAAAGAAUCAAACAGACGAUGAGGAGUACCGGCCCCAUGGGUACUUCCCACACGGGGGAACCACUCACAAUGUGGUGAAUUACGCCGUGGGGGAGGAGGAAGACAAUCAACCUGAUGGUGAAGCUGAGGAGACAGAGGAAGAAGAUGAUGAUGACGACGCAGAGGAGGAGGAAGACCACAUGGCCGAGGGGGCAAACGAGAACCAUAGGGUAAAAUACGAGGAAGACCCAAAUGAAGACGUCAAAUAUGAUCAGUACGGGUACUACUACGAACAGGGUGAACCUGUGGAGGCCCCCCCAAUUGGAAGCGCACACAGUCUGAAUAGCCACAGUGCAAAUCAAUACUAUACCCACCAUAUUAGUAAAAAGAAGAAGAAAAAGAAGAAGAAGGGAGUUUAUGCAUACAAGCAAAAUGACCUUUAUUAUAGGAGCUUGCAAAAUGAGGAAAAUGGCUACCUGGAGGAAGACAAUAAUGAUUAUUCGUUUUUCUAUUCAAGUGCAAAAAAGGAAACCUUCCCUUCCUACACCCCAUGUGAUAGCCUAAUCGAAGUUCUCAAGAGAAAAAACUUCAUACUACAGGAUGAUGUGAAUAGCAACAAGGCAGUGAAUAUGAGUAGGGAAGCCUUCUCAUGGUUCCUAAAGGACAUACGAAGCAGGAUAAUUUCCUUGGUGCUAGAAUAUUUGCUCAUAAUAGACGAUGGCUACGUUACAAACGUCGCACGGGAAAUUUCAACCAAAUAUAGGAAGGACAAUAGUAGCACGCACGCCGAUAGCGGUGGAGGAAGUUCUUCGAAUGCCCAGGAUGGGCAAAGCGAUUACGGUGUCUACACCACUUAUGCGAGCAAUACCGCUUACCCCCAACAGCGUGGGAGCAACGAUUUUUACGGUGACCACGUCCACACAACGCAUCAACAGAAGGUAAAAAAUGAUGGAAGUGGAACCCCCUGCUACGUGACGGAAGAAAAGAAGGACCACAAAAAGUCAGAACUAUAUGUGAAGGAAACCCUAUUGCUGAUCUUAUCCAUUAGUCAGUGCACCAUUAGUCACCCCAUAUACCUUGAUAAUUUAACAAAAGCGCAGAAGGAAUUUAUAAAUUUUGGAAUUCACAUUGGUCUCUUUUUAAAACGCACUGAGGAGUACGUCUUUGUAACUCCCUACGCGUUGCUCCUAACGAUAAAUAAUUUGAAUGUGCAGAAUUACGUGACUGUGAUGAACAGCUUGACGGUUGAGGGGGUGUCCGAAAACGCAUACAACGAGUAUAUCCCGCAUGGGGAUGAUGGAGUGGAUAACCAUCUACCCAGCAACAGCAACAAUGAUAUGGUCACACGCAGCGUAAGCAUGGGUAGACAUGGCCAUACUAACGGAGGGACGAAGAAGAUAAGCGAAAAAUAUUUUCACCAUUACUCCCUCCUACAAGAGGAAAAGAAAAGACCACACCCCCGACAAGUGGUACCGAUCAAAAUAUGGACAAAAAAAAACUCACACACGAAUUAG